CUUAAAUCUUAUUAUGAAGCAUGGUUUAAUUAUAAACCAGUAUUGAUCUUGGCUGAAUUAAUAAAAUAUAAAUGGAGAGCUGAUCUAUAUGAUAUAGAAUUAUUUAAACAAUUCAAAGGAGAUUUAGUAGAUUUUUGGAAGUCAACUAAAGGAAUAAGUAAAGAAUUAGCACGAAGUUCAGUUACAGCAAAAGAAUAUAAUAACCAAAUUCGUAGACUACAUAUUGCAAUACCUAUAUUAUCGAAUGAUGAAAGUAGCGAACAAAAAAAAAUAAUCUUCAAUAAUUCAGAUUAUCAAAUAAGUGAUGAUGGUAAUAUUGAAAAAAAAACAAUUGCCAGAUCUUAUAAUCAGACAAAUCAAAGUCUUGAGAAAAAUGAGAAUUUAGUUGAAAAUAAAGAACAAAGGUGGGAAAGCCUAAUUAGUGAAUGGAUUGAACUUGGAGAACAUGAAAACCAAUUUGAAAACAAGGAUGAUGAAAUCUUAUU